AUGAGUUUUCUUAAACGAGACAAGUCCAGAACGAGCCUCCGGUUCCCGGGUCUUGCUGCCGGCCAGCUGGACUCGAGACCCACUUUUGGGCUCCGCAGGGCGCAUACGGAAAGACCCAAGGAGCUGCACUUGUGGGAUUUCCAUGAGCGGGAAACCGAAGGGCCAGAAAAAGAGGACCAGGGGGCCGACGGCGAGGACGAGAAAGAAGACGGCGCCCGGCUUGAUCGAUGGCCCGGCGAAACAGAAAACAUGGACGAGAGAAAAAACGCAGGGGGGAACGAAAGAGACGGCGACGAAAACCACGAGCCAGAAAACACAGAGCAAACAGACGAGGCAGACAAAACAGACAAAGACAAAACAGACAAAACAGACAAGACAGACAAAACAGACAAGACAGACAAAUUGGAGAGCGUGCAGAGCCGUGGCAGCCAGAGCGAGCCCAACCACGCCAGUCAGAGCGAAUACCAUGAGAGCCAGAGCGAACACAACGACUACGAGCAGAACCAAAACAAUCAAAACAAUCAAAACAACCAAAACAGUCAAAACACCAGUGUGCUGCAAAACCACGAGCUGCAAAACCUCUCGGUCGACCCGUACGCCGACGCCCGCAGCUUGCACAGCACCCACAGCACCCACAGCGACACGCAUGGCGAGCCCAGGGACCGCCGCGACCCGCCCCGUGUGGUGCGUGACGACUACAGGGGCUUCCACCGUUCCGGCGUGCAUGCCAUUGUGCCGCCGUUGGCGCACCCAAUCAAACCGCUGUUCCGCAAACGAGGCCUGGGCUUGCUUGGCAAGUGGAUGCACCAGCGGCCCGGCGGCAACGCCAGCAGCGCCAGCUCCAUGGCCGGAGAGCCCGACCGUGCCAAGCACAAGUUCCGCUUGCCGCUGAUCUCGCUGCACCACGUGCUGCUGCUGCUGCUGCGCCCGCCGCUGCUGGACGAGAGCGACCGCCGCCUGUCUGUGCAGCUGGGCCGCGGCUCGGUGUCGGGCCCGCACCUCUCUGCCGGCGGCAUGUUCGACCUCGACUUGAGCGCCGCCGACUUGCUGGCCAUUGUGAAAAAGCCCGCGUCGGCGCGCCCGCUGCUUGCGAAAACAGCCUCGGCUGGCAGCAUGGAAGAAGACAGACACGCGUGGAAAGCGCCAGACUCGUGGGACGUGACCGAGGAAACCCCACGCGACGCGUCCGACGUUCUGUCGAGCGCCAGCGCCUCUGCAGAAGCCUCUCGGCGUAGCCUGGAAGUCGCGGACGCCCGCCGCGGCGACCUGCGUCCCCUGUUCCCCGUGAGGUCACUUCCAGUGCUUUUCGGCUCUGUGGCUGGCCGCACGGGCAACGCAGGCGGACCCAAUCAUAUCAUCCGUGUGUUCAAGGAAGACAAUACCUUCACAACGAUUUUGUGUCCAGUGGACACCAGCACUGCCGACUUGUUGAGCAUCGUGCAACGCAAGUUCUUUCUCGAGUCCAUCUCCAACUACAGGCUUGCCUUGUACGUGGCCAAUAACACUAAGGUUUUGGAGCCGUUUGAAAAACCGUUGCGUAUUCAAAUGGGCUUGUUGGCUUUGAGCGGCUACUCCGAAAGCGACAAUUUGCGCAUGAUUGGCCGUGAAGACAUGUCGUUCGUGUGCAAGUUUGUCGUGGAGAACAUGUUCUUGCGUAACUUGACCCAUGAAGAGGAGUCGCUUUUGUCCAAGGAUUAUGUGGACGUGAACAUUCUGAACCUCAAGCUCAAAACCAUCCCCAUCAUUUUCCACCAGCACACAUACGAGAUUGAAAAGUUGAACGUCUCCAACAAUCCGGCCAUCCACAUUCCAUUGGAUUUCAUCCAGUCUUGCACAAACUUGUCCAGCAUUUCAUUUGCCCACAAUGGCUGCUCGAAGUUUCCAACCAACUUCUUAGAGGCAACAAACUUGGUUAGCCUUGAUAUUGGCUCCAACUUUUUGGAUGAAAUUCCUCCACGUUUCAAUUGCCUCCAGCAUUUACAACACUUGAAGCUAAACUCAAAUCAGUUGUACUUUUUGCCAUCGACCUUCGGAACACUCUCCAAUCUUGUCUCUUUGAACUUAUCUUCAAACUAUUUCCAAGUGUACCCAGAAUGUCUUAGUGACUUAGUCAACUUGCAAGAUUUGGAUUUGUCGUACAAUGACUUAUCCACAAUUCCGUCUUCCAUCAGCAAUAUGACUAAACUUACUAAGUUAAAUUUGUGUACAAACAAAUUGAGUGGUAAGCUCCCUGACUGCUUCAAGAAUUUGCUGAACUUGAAAAGACUUGACAUCCGUUACAACAAAAUAACCAACGUUGAUGUUUUGGGUUCCUUACCCAACUUGGAGGUCCUUUACGCAUCUAAAAAUAACAUCGCUGGAUUCAGUGAUAAAAUGGAAAGCUUGCGUCUUUUGCAUUUCGACAGAAACCCUAUUACAAACCUAGAGUUUCAAAUUACUUUACCUCGUUUGACAGUUCUUGAUCUUUCCAAGGCGAAAAUCACCGCAUUGCCCGGCGAGUUUAUCAGCAAAAUGCCCCAUAUUGAAAAAUUGGUCUUGGACAAAAAUCACUUGGUCACUUUACCAGAUGAGUUGAGCGCUCUUCCCAGGUUAACACACUUGUCACUUUACGCCAACAACCUCCAACAUUUACCAGACUCGAUUGGACAGCUUGUUUCCUUGCAGUAUUUGGACUUGCACAGUAACAAUAUCGAAACUCUUCCCUCUUCGAUUUGGAAUUUGAAGUCAUUAUCAACUUUGAAUGUGUCGUCAAAUAUGCUUUCUUCAUUCCCAAGCCCUUCAUUGGAGCUUGCUUCAAAAAUGUCAUCGCCAAAGACAGGUAAUGAUUCUGCAGGAAAAUCGAACCAAAACCAAGUUAUGGCUUCCUCUGCUCAAUUUAACUCCUUGGCUGACAGUCUUUUGUCGUUAACGCUUGCAGAUAAUAGGCUUAACGAUGAUUGCUAUGAGGCAAUCUCCCUCCUCGUAAACUUGAAGCAGUUGAACAUUUCAUACAACGAUUUGCUCGAGAUCCCAGACGGAGCGCUUACUAGAUUGACGAAGUUGACAGAAUUGUAUUUGUCCGGUAAUAACUUUGUGAAGCUUCCAGUGGAAGAUGUUGAAGAUUUGGCUGACCUUCGGUUGUUGUAUGUGAAUAACAACAAACUUACAUCUUUGCCAUCGGAGUUGAGUAAGUUGAAGAAUUUGAUGCAUUUCGAUGUUGGUUCCAACCACCUCAGAUACAACAUUUCCAACUGGCCAUAUGACUGGAACUGGUGCUGGAAUAAGAAAUUGAAGUACUUGAACUUUUCCGGAAACAAACGUUUUGAAAUCAAACAGAGUCACCUCAAGAAUCCAGAUACUGGUGAAGACUUUGACAGUCUUUUGGUACUCAAGGACUUGAAGGUUCUUGGUUUGAUUGACGUGACAUUAACGACCCCAUCGGUACCUGAUCAGAGCGUAGACAAGCGUGUGCGCACAACUGCAUCUGAAUUGGAUAACGUGGGGUAUGGUGUCUCAGAUACAAUGGGAAUUCGUGACUGUGUUUCUUUCCGUGAUGUUUUCAUCCAGAAAUUCAGGGGCAAUGAAAAUGAAGUAUUGCUCUGUUCGUUUGAUGGGAAACUCUCUAAGCCUCAAACGAAGGGCCAUUUAAUCUCAUACUUGGCGAAGCAAAUAUUUGUUCAUAAUUUCACUGCUGAGUUGAACAAGAUAAAGUCUGAUGAUGACAUUCACGAUGCGAUGAGAAGAGCAUUCUUGUCUUUGAACAAGGAGAUCAAUUCAGCUCUUGCAGCAAAGAAAGGCGGUUAUUUCACCAAUAAUCCUACGUGGCCUGAGUUGAGCAACCUUGAUCUUGAAGAUGAUGGUCUCGCUGGUUGCGCGAUGUCUGUUCUUUACCUCAAAGAUCAUAUGCUCUAUUGCGGUAACGUGGGUGACACUGAGGUUGUGUUGACCAAAAACAACGAUGAACACCAGAUUUUAUCCACAAAACACGAUCCAACAAGCAGACAUGAAUUUGAGAGAAUCAGAUCCUCUGGAGGAUACGUUAGCGGAGAUGGCGCUUUAGACGGCGCAUUGAAAGUGUCUCGUGGUGUCGGAUUUUUCAAUUAUGUCCCUCACACCAACAGUUGUCCAAGUUUAACUACUGUUAAACUCUCAGGAAUGGAUGAUCUCAUUAUCGUGGCUUCUAAAAUCCUUUGGGAUUAUCUCACAUACGAUUUGGCCGUCGAUAUAGUCAGACAAGAAAAGGAUGAUCUCAUGAUCGCUGCACAGAAACUUAGAGACUAUGCAAUCUGUUAUGGAGCCACCGACAAAAUCUCUGUCACUGUGAUCUGUGUUGGAGAUCAACGCAAAAAGAGGAAAAACAUGGGGUCCAUGUUCAAAAACUUGGGCCGCGAUGUUGAGUUCUUUGCGAACAAGAAGAGAAGAGAUCGUGGAGCGCCUGCUGGUGAUACUGCCUUGCGGAGACUUGAUUCAGAAAUUGAUCCUCCUGUUGGUGAGUUAGCAUUAGUAUUCACAGAUAUUAAAAACUCGACAUUAUUGUGGGAUGCUUAUCCCGUUGCAAUGAGAUCAGCAAUCAAAUUACACAAUACAAUUAUGAGACGUCAAUUGAGAAUUGUUGGUGGCUAUGAGGUUAAAACAGAAGGAGAUUCCUUUAUGGUUUCUUUUCCUACUCCUACGUCUGCCCUUUUGUGGUGUUUCAAUGUUCAGAACCAACUUUUAAAUGAAGAUUGGCCGACAGAAGUUCUCGAGACAAACGAAUGCUGCGAAGUCACAGAUAAUGCAGGGAACAUCAUCUAUAGAGGCUUGUCCGUACGUAUGGGUAUACAUUGGGGGUCCCCAGUGUGCGAAUUGGAUAUGGUCACCAGAAGAAUGGACUACUUUGGACCAAUGGUGAACAGAACCUCCCGAAUCGAAUCAAGUGCUGACGGAGGCCAAAUUGCUGUCAGUUCCGACUUUUUAAGAGAAUUGAAGCAGUUAUUCAAGCUCCAUGAUGAAAUCCAAUCAAAGAAAUUAACUUUGGAAGACGCAUACGAAGGAAACGUCGGUGUCGGACAAAUUAUUGAAAAAGAGAUUGCAUCUUUGGAUGCAAAGGGUUACAGUUUCUUCGAACUUGGAGAACGCAAAUUGAAGGGGCUUGAAACUCCAGAGAUGAUCACCUUGGCCUUUUCAAAGAAUUUGGAGAUCAGAUACGAGAUUUUCAAGGAGAAAGCAAACAGAAGUACCGAGUAUCCAACAAGAAUUAUUGGAGCACUUCCUGUGGAUGCCGUUUACCGGCUCCGCACAAUCUCACUUCGAUUGGAAAAUAUUUGUUCUGCUCUCAGCAGCGGGCUUAAUAACGACGAGACAUUCCUGCAAUCCUCGUCAGACGUGAUUCUGAGAAAAGUUGGGUCAGACUUUCUUGAGAGGGACAUUGUGGGGCUUUUCAACCACAUUGUCACCCGUGUAGAAAACUGUGUUGCCACCAUCGAGCUUCGCCAAAGUUUGCAGACGUUCCGGGGCGAACCUUAUUUUGACCGCAGAUCAGUCUGGGAACUCAUGGAUGAAGUGAAGCAGUUGUUGGCACAGAUGCCUCAACAAAAUGCAAUUCUCUGA